AUGGACAAAAAAAUUAAAACGCUUAAGGACCUUGUUCCACAGGCUUCUGAAGAAGUUUUAAGAGACUUGUUGGAGAGUACGGGUGGAAGUGUUGCCAAAGUUAGGAAACUACUAGGCCACAGAUCACCUACAUCCUCGCUCAAACCAUCUGCCAAUACGCGUCAAGUCACCCUCGCGCGAUUCAUGCUCAAUGCGCCACCGCCUCCAACUUUAAAACAAGGUCAAACUCUUCAUUUGUAUGACCCAGCAGAUGUUGAAAAAACACUCCCGUGCACUCUACACUUGGACGUAUUCCCUGAGGAUCUAGCUACGCGGUUACUCACCAGUCUACUAGAAGAGUCGCACGCGUGGCCACCAAAUACUUUCCAUAUGUUUGACCGAGCAUGCGAGUCUGCGCACCAAUCUGCAUUUUACUCGGGCGAAAAGGAUGGCCACCAGACAAAACACACGUAUAACGGUAAGGUGUUAACAUCUUCGUUUAUGUUUUCCAAAGAUAUGGAUGCGGCGCGACAGAUUGUGGAGGAGACUGUCAACAGAGAGAUCGAACGCCGUGGACACAUAAAGUAUCAAUCCCGAAACCGGUGGAGAUCUAAUGCAGCAGUUUGCAAUAGAUACGAGGGCCCCAGAUCGUCUGUAGGAUACCAUUCGGACCAACUGACACACCUAGGCCCUGCGUGUGUGAUUGCAAGCGUGUCGCUCGGGGUCACCCGCGAGUUCCGAUUGCGGCGGCGACAAUACCCAGCAGCAGCCAAGUACGGUGUGCUGGAAUCUGCAGUUGCGUCCGUUCACGUGCCACACAACUCGUUGAUUAUCAUGCACGCUGGGUGCCAGGAGCAGUACAAGCACACUCUUGCGCCGGCAGCGCGUGGGGUGCUGGCACCCCAUGCGGUGGCUGGGUCUGUGCGGAUCAAUAUUACUUAUAGAGACUAUCGGGAAGAGUUUGCGAUGGAGAAGAACCCAAUUUGUGAGUGCAAGAACCCAAUGAUUUUGAGGACGAUUCGUGGGGAGGACGAAACAGAUGAUUAUGGGUACCGGUAUGCGUGGAUAUGUGGAAGCAGUUAUCAGGGCCAGCCAAGUUGCAAGACGAUUUAUUUUCCGAGCUUUGAAUAG